GAAUAAACAGUGAAUAGCAGUAAAGAUCAGUUGACCAGUCUGUAGUUGUAUAUAGGUAAAAAUAAGCCAUGGAAACCCAUACUGUCUGUGUAGUGACGUAAGACUUAUUAAUUUAAUUAAUAUUCGAAAUUAAUAUUUUUGUGCAGUUCCGUUUAUCUGUUAUACUGGCCCAGUUUUUGUCCAUUCUGUUGCGUCCUCGCUUCCACAGAAAUAAAUUAAAAUUAUUACCCACAUUACACCCUUACAACCAGUCAUGUUUUUCUAUUUUCAAAAUAUGAUAAUAUUCAUAACUUUGCUUUCGAGAUCGAUACUCUGGUUUCGGAUGCCCAAUUCCUUCAAUUUUACUAUAAAAAAUAAAUAUUAACUGUCUUUAAAUAUUGUACUCUAAUAUCUAUCACUCUAUCUAAAUUCCCGUUACUACAAUGAUUACAUUCGCUAGCUACAAGUGCACUGAUUCCUUGUGCUCAUGUACUAGAUUAAACUUCGAACAUCGCUCUAGAUUGGGGGUGGAAAGGGACAGGAAACUGGCCGAUCAGGUCCAAUAUUCCGAUGUGCAAUAAACAAAAAUAUCUCGACUAUUUUUUAAAAAAUCGGCGUCUGGUUUAUUGAUCGUAUAAUGAUUAAAAAUAAUUAAUAGAAUAGGGAGAUAAAAGCUCAACGCGUUAUGAGUACCUUAAUGUUCAUUUUGGAGAACGAGGAAUCGUUGAGUGGCCCACACCACACCCUGUGAUUUUUUCUUCUCAAGGAGCGAGUUUUGCCAAAAGGACUACGCACCCAUCCGGACCUCCGAACUGCAAUUGAAGAAUUUGAAACUCUUCGCUUGACAUGCUUCGCCGGACCUGACUCUCCGUUGAGAAACAUUGCUUUAAAUGCAAGAUGGGCAUCAAUUUGAACACUUGCAGUAACCCAUCUUCGAAUACCGUUUAGAAUUUCUUUUCAUAAAUUGAUUUUGACGCUGCAUUUUCCCUCUUCAUGCAAACUUCUUGACUAAAUUAUGGCGACCUCUGUAUAUAUCAAGGAACCACCGCUGCGGAGUGGUCAGAAGUAGUAUAUUUGAACGUGAUAAAUUCUCUAACUAUAAGGCAAUUUACAUUGUCAUAUCAAGGUAUUCAACAUUAAAAAUAUCUAAGGAUAUUUAAAUGAUAAUUUAUGAUCUAAUAACAUUCCAAAAUUCCGAUUAAGUUUGUUAUUUAUCUAUUUUUUACUUAUCUUAUAAGAAUUAAUGCAUUUCAAUUUUACGUAUUCCAUCACAAUGGUCCACUUGUUGAGCUUUAUCAACUACAAAUGAUAAAAGAUUAAUCGUACUAGUGGAAAAGAUAUAUGAAAAUUUAAUUUAUCAAUAAGUUGCAUUCAGUCAAACAUCAUGUCUUUGCAAAGUUUCGAAAACCUGUUAUCGAAAACCCUCGGUGCAAACAAAAAAAUUAUUCAUAGUGAUAUUACAAAUUUAGUUGCCGCCGGAGAAAACUUUGGAGGUGAAUUGCUCAAACUUACAAUAACCGUUGAAAAUCAAAUUACCAAAGAGACCGAAGUAUUACAUGCUGUUGCUAAGAAAAUUCCAGAGAUGGAAUUGUUCCAGAAAAUUUUCAAUAUUCAAGAAACUUUUAAAAGUGAAAUCAUAUUUUACGAAAAACUGGUACCUAUUUUCAGACAAUUUCAAGAACAACAUAAAAUAAAAAAUGUUUUAAAUUGUUUUGCUGAACUAUAUGGAAGUCGUUUGAAUUUGAAUGGAAGUGAUAUUGUCGAUAGAGACGCUGUAAUUAUACUUGAAGAUUUGAUAGUUUCAGGUUACAAGAAUCUUGAUCGUUAUAUUGGUUACGACAUGGAGGAAGCAAAAUUAGCUUUGAAAGAAUUGGCUGUUUUGCAUUCCGUACCGUUGGGAAUAAAAAUGAAAAAACCAGAUCUAUUUCAGAAAGAUAUAAGACCACAUUUGGAAGAAAAAUUCAAACCUCAACAGGGAAUACUUGAUACGUUAAUGUUUAUAUCAGAAAUUCUAUUCGAAUCUGAUAAAUGUGCAGCUGCAGUUACCAAGGUACAAAAGGUUUGGAAACUGUUCACAAACAAUCCAGAUUCGUAUAAACCUAGGGAGCCUUUCGCAACUCUAUCUCAUAGUGAUCUUUGGGUGAAUAACAUAAUGAUAAAACAUGACAAAGGAAAGCCAAUACAUAUUAAAUUCGUCGAUUUUCAAGUUUAUAAUUACAAAUCUCCUGUAAUAGAUUUGCUGAAUUUCCUUUUUACUAGCGUUCGAAAUGAAGUACUGAAAGAAAAUAUUGAUGAUUUAAUUAGGUUUUAUCACAAAGAAUUGAUAGAGAAUCUGAAACAACUAGAAUGUAAUACAGAAGACUACAGAUUUUCUGAGUUUCAAAAAGAAUUACAGGAAGACGCUUAUAAAGUGCUUUGUUGGGCACUUAACUUCAUUCCGUUCAUUAUUUUCGGACCGAAAGGAAAAGUUGGUGCAUCGCCCCAUGGAGAUUUCGAUAUUAAUAGUAACAAAAUUAGAGAUGAGAUGAGAAAGGCAACUCCUUACAUCGCCAAAGAGAAGAUGCAAUUCAUUGUAGAAUAUUGUGAAAGUAAAAAGUGGAUUUGAAAUUAAAUCAUUUUGAUAUUGUUUUUAUUAUUAAUUGUAUAAUGUUAUCUAGAUAAAAAAAUAAGCAAAAUAAAUUAAAUUCUGUACUUU